GGUUCAUUCGGGACCGGAGGUCCGAAUAGCCUUGUUUUGUUAGAUCCGUUUCUUCUGGUCAAGAACGUGAAAGUGGGUGGUCCGGAUCAAGCCAGUCUUCUCUGCAUUCCACCUUUGAAGUCCUGAGCUUGCCGGAAGUCUAUAGCUCCACCUCGCUCGGUGAAGACGCUGAGGUCAUGUCUACAGUACCUUUCCCAUCUGCAAGUGAAGAGGGGAGUUAUGUCUCAGCACCCAGUUUUAGGUCCAAACAAAGGAAGAUGUUACACCUACUUUUGGAGAGAAACGCUUCUUUUACCGUUGGUUCAGAUUUCCCCGAAUCUCCGGGUGACAAACUCCAUGACUCGGCAAACCUAAGCCUUCUGUCCGGAGGAACCCCAAAAUGUUGCCUUGACCUUUCGAGUCUUAGCAAUGGAGAGGUGUCUGCUUCUCACCUUUCUACUUCUGCUGACAUUGAGGAAAACGGUUCCUUGGACUCCUCAGGACCUCAGGAUAUUCACUUACCUGGCAAGGAUUUUCACCAGGACCUUAUGAAAGGCAUCCCAGCACAGCUUCUCUGUAGUACUCCAAAUGCUUUGGAUCAUGGCCACAGAAGGAAGGAUGCAAAGUGUAGCACAUCUGCAAAUAAAGAAAAUAUAAACACCACUUUUAAAACAUUGGAAUGGGAGGCACCUAGGACCCCGAGGCUUCAAAAAAAGCCUGGCGAUCCUCUGGCUUCUCCUCUCUGUGAGCUGGAAAAUGGAAUCUUGCUGGAAAGUGAAAUGAAGAAUCUGGGCAGUCCCAUUACUACAGUUCCAAAACUGAGUAAAAAUCUCAAGCUAGGAGACCAAGAAGGGAUUUCAGAAGACCCAAUGGAGUGUUCCCUGGAAGACCACGAUACCAAGGGCUUAAGUCUGAAGAAGACGGUCCCUCUCUGUGGCAUGGAUGCCAUUGAGAUGGAGGAGGAAGAUUCUGACUCAGAGCAUCUGACUGGUGAUUUCUCAAAGGCGUGUGUGCUGCCAACAGUGCCAGGGAAACACCAGGAUCUGAAGUAUAUCAGCCCGGACACGGUGGCUGCAUUGCUGUCUGGGAAGUUCCAGAGUGUGAUCGAGAGGUUUUAUGUCAUUGAUUGCCGUUAUCCGUAUGAGUACCUGGGAGGACACAUCCUGGGAGCCUUAAACCUGUACAGUCAGAAGGAACUAUACGAGUUCUUUCUGAAGAAGCCUGUUGUCCCUGAGGACACCCAGAAGAGAGUCAUCAUUGUGUUCCUCUGUGAAUUCUCCUCAGAGAGAGGCCCCCGAAUGUGCCGUUCUCUGAGAGAAAAAGACAGGGCUCUGAACCAGUAUCCGGCAUUAUACUACCCCGAGCUGUAUAUCCUCAGAGGGGGCUACAGAGAUUUCUUUCCAGAAUAUAUGGAGCUGUGUGAACCCCAGGGCUACUGUCCUAUGCUUCACCAGGACCACCAGGCCGAGCUGCUGAGCUGGCGCAGCCAGAGCAAAGCCCAGGAAGGGGAGCGGCAGCUGCGGGAACAGAUUGCCCUCCUGGUGAAGAAUGUGAGCCCUCAAUAGUGACUGACGGUGGCAGUGAAGACACUACAGCCCUGAACAGGGGUCCUCGUCCAUGUUGCUAAGCCUAUAAUUGUAUCUGCAAACACAUGCAUAGCCGGGCAUGCUGCAAGGGCCUUUAGUCCCAGCACUACGGAGGCAAAGGCAGGAGGAUCUUUGAGUUUGAGGCCAGUCUGGUCUACAUGCAAAACAAAGCAAACAGCAAGCCCAUUAAACAAAAACCUCGAGAUGUGUGUGAGCCACAGCCUGUCAUGUGC